AAUACCACUCAAAAUGGUAAAACAACAACCUCAAAUUCUGCUACAACACGUUCUCUCUUUCUCCUCUCUCCAAUAUCUUUGAAAAACCCAUUACAUUGCGCAUUGAAAAAUCAAUGGCUUUUCUUCUAUGCAAUCUCAAUCUUUCUCUGUUACCUAUAUCCAAAUCAAGAGUCAAACACAAACCCUUUCACCCAACGUUUUCAUCACCAAAACCCAUUUCUCAAUUCUCGUUAUUGUUCACUUCAGUCCAAAGAAAGAGUUCCACUGCACAGGUUGCUCAAGUGAAUACACCACUAUCUACUCAAGACAAACAGAAUCAACAUCAAAAGGAUGAAUUUUAUCUUAAUCUUGGUCUUGCUGUCAGGACCCUUCGUGAGGAUAUGCCCUUGAUCUUCAUCAAAGAUCUUAAUUAUGACAUUUAUAGGGAUGAUGUAACAUUUAUGGACCCUUUGAACACAUUUAGUGGUAUUGAAAAGUACAAAUUGAUCUUUUGGGCAUUGAGGUUUCAUGGUAAAAUUUUGUUUCGUGAAAUUGGUUUGGAUGUAUAUAGGAUAUGGCAGCCUUCAGAGAAUGUGAUAUUGAUAAGGUGGAAUUUGAGGGGUGUGCCUAGGGUUCCAUGGGAAGCUAAAGGGGAAUUUCAGGGUACUUCGCGGUAUAAAUUGGAUAGAAAUGGGAAAAUUUAUGAACACAAAGUUGAUAAUUUGGCAUUCAAUUUUCCACAGAAGAUGAUCAAACCGGUUUCGGUUUUGGAUUUGGUUACUGCCUGUCCUGCAAGUCCAAAUCCAACAUUUUUAUGGGGUCCUUUGGAUUCCAAUUCUUCUUCAUGGUUAGAGUUUUAUGAGGCAGUUAAGCAUACAUUGGAUCAAGAACAGCAGUUGCUGCUACCACAAGAUGGUUUGGCUACAUGUUCAUAGUCAUGUUUGACAAUGUAUAGUAUAGAUUUUAAUAGGUUAGAUGUAAUGAAUUUGGUCAAUAGCAUGCAAUGUUGUUUCUCUCAAUAGAUAAGAGUGUAUAUAGAUAGGGAUGGAUGAAGAAUCAAGUUGUUCAUCCUAUAUGCUAUACAGAUAGAGAUGGAGAAAUUUCAUAUGUUUGGUGUGUUUAUACAUAUGAGGUAGAUCUAUAUGCUAUACUCAGAAUUUUAUAAUUUAGAAUUAACUUUGAUUCUCUUACAGAAUGGAAUCUUGUCUUUUUGGUUCUCAUAUAAUUUUUGAACCAUAAGUUGUUACUUUUUAAA